AUCCCAGACUGCGCUGCUGCUGCACGAGUGAAUGAUGGGAUAGUGGAGGACAAACACAAACACACACGCGUGUCAUUUCAUUUUAUAAUGAUGCGCGCGUGUGUGUUUAUAUGUUUGUGUAUAAGUGUUUGUUUAAACGAGUGUGUGUGUGACACGAGGCCUGCGGCGCUGCGCGUGUCCGUGUUUUACACUUCCUCACUUAACUACUGUGCUUGUAUUAUAGUAUUGAGAUGUAGUGUACGAUCAUAAUAAUAUCCCAUAAUGUUUACUUGUUUUAUUAAUCAACACCCUGCUGUUGUUAUGGUAUAUUUUCAAAUAACACCACAGGACUUUUGUGUAAUUUAUGAGUGCAGAUGAAACAUAAACACACGUGACUUGUGUCUGUGACCCACAACAGAAGUUUAAUUCUUGUAUGUAAUAUAUCACACACAAACACACACAAUGUUUGUUUCAGUGUUAUGGAGGGUUUGGGUAUGCAGGCCGUGACUCUGUCUGACGGGUCGACGGCGUUCCUCCAGCAGAACGUCAUCGAUGGGAGUGUCCUGGAGGGAAACACUGUUGAACUGGAGGAUGGAUCCACAGCGUUCAUACAACAUAUCACACUUCAAGAGAAAGAGUCGCUGGCGUUCGAGGACGGUCAGGCGGUGCAGUUGGAGGACGGAUCGACUGCGUUCAUUCAUCACGCACCUAAAGGUUAUGACCCCAGCGCAGUGGAGGCCGUUCAGCUGGAGGACGGCAGCACCGCUUACAUCCAUCAUCCGUCCUCUCUGGAGAACUACAGCGAUACGAUGAUGAGGUCAGAGGUCGAGAUUGAGGACAACGCAGAGGACAGAGACACAACAGAGCAGACAGCCAUACAGCUGAUGGUGUGGAGCUCCAGUAAAGUUCAUCAGGUCGCUGAGAAAAGUUUCCGCUGCGCUCACACAGACUGUGAUCGUCACUACACAACAGCACAUCAUCUGAAGGUGCACGAGCGCUCUCACACAGGUGACCGGCCGUACAGGUGUGAGGUUCCCUCCUGCAGUAAAGCCUUCGCCACAGGUUACGGUCUGAAGAGUCACGCAAGGACGCACACCGGAGAAAAACCCUACAAGUGUCCUGAAGACAUGUGUUACAAAGCCUUCAAGACCUCUGGAGACCUACAGAAACACCUGCGCACACACACAGGUGAGAAACCCUUCAAGUGUCCGUUUGAGGGCUGCGGUCGAUCCUUCACAACAUCAAACAUUCGUAAAGUUCACACGCGCACACACACGGGCGAGAGACCCUACAUGUGUCCUGAGACCACCUGUGGACGAGCCUUCGCCAGCGCCACCAACUACAAGAACCACAUGAGGAUACACACAGGAGAGAAGCCGUAUGUGUGUACAGUCCCGGGCUGUGGGAAGAGUUUUACGGAGUACUCCAGUCUUUAUAAACAUCACGUGGUGCACACACACUGUAAGCCGUACACGUGCAGUCACUGCGGGAAGACAUACAGACAGACGUCUACACUGGCCAUGCACAGACGCACAACACACGGAGACUUCAACACGGCCGGUGACGACGCAGACGUGUUCGACAGCUCGCCGCAGGCCGCUGCUGAGCAGGAAACCCAUGUUAAGGUACUCGGCACAGCCGUAGCCAUGGUAACGCAGGACAGAACAACCAGCGCUGGACAUCCGCAUGUCACCAUGGUUACGGAUGGCAACGAGCUGCAGCCGGUUGCCAUAGUAACAUCAGACGGCAUCAUGACGGAGGUGAAGGCGUAUCAGCAGGUGGCGCUGUUGGACGCAGAGAACGGCACGCAGAUCGCAGUACAGUUAGAAGAUCAGCAGACGUUAGAGGAGGCGAUCACCAUGGCAACAGCAGCGAUCCAGCAGAGCGGACUGACCUCAGAUCAGUGACCACAUCACAAUGUUUGUAGUUUGUAGUGUUCAUAAUAAAAUAUAUUUGUUUAUAAA